AUGCCCAAGCCUUCCAAAAAGAAGCGAACUAUCCGUGAGGUGGACCCCGACCCAGACCCAUGGCUUUCUGAGCCUUGUGAGCCCCGGCAGUCAGCCCCACGGGAGGUAAGGGCUCGCCACGAUGAGGAUCCGUGGGCAGAAGUGGAGGCAGAAGACCCUGACCCAUGGUCAGAGGCACAGCCCAGCAGACCUGCAGACCGGUCUGCUUUCACAAAUGCUGUUCAAGCCAAACAGCAAGUCCACCUGAAUGCAGCUGCAAAGCUGAUGGCCAAUGCAGGCAACAGAGACCCAAGCAAGGAAGCCUUCACGAAGUAUGAGAAAGAUGGCAUGGAUCCAGGGAAAGUCAAAGUGAGAUGGGCCAAACCAUGCCCACGUGGAUGCAAACUUGAAGGCUGUGCAUCAAAAGGCCUGAGCCUAGACGACUUGCAGGAUGUUUGUUCCAACUUCUGGAAAAUCACCAGUGAGGAACGGAUGCAUUUGAUGCAGGCACAAUUUGGGGACAACCCCAAUCAUGUCACAGAGUACUACAUUGGCCACAAGCGUGUGUGCUUUGCAAAUUUUUGUUGCAAACUGGGAACCAGUGAGCCGACACUGCGAAAGUGCAUUCAAGGUGUGCCUGACAUGCGCAAACAGCAUGGCCCAGCUCCAUCCCAGCAGGUUUCUGAGGCUAGCGUCAAAGUCGACCAUUUCUUUCAGGAACUGCACCAAUCAGCUGCAGAAGCAUUGCCCGAAGACCCACGCUGUGCACUUUCAUUGGAUGGUGAUCCUUGGAACCAAGAUAUGCAUUACAAGCAUAGCAGCCCUCCUGUGGCAGUCAGUUGCCAGAUCAGCCAUGCAGGCUUGCCAGUGCGAUACAUACAGCACUGCCAGCUCACAGACUUGUAUUGGCAAAUGCAAGCAGAAUGGGAUGUGUUGGCAGCCCAUCUGCCCAGUGUUGGAGCGUGCCCUAGCUAUAAGACUUUCUCCAGGCGGUACCAGAGCACAUGGAAGAAGAUGCUUGUGAUGAGGAAAUCGUCGCAACACAGCCAAUGCCGUUUGUGCUUCGAUCUUCAACAGGUCCUGGCGUCAAAGACUGCCCGAUGGGCAGACAAGCUUCAGGCAGCAAGAAUGUUGAAAAGUCAUCAGCGAGAACAAUACCACGACAGACUUCUUUAUUGGAGUCUCCGCUUUGCAUCCAAGGUGAACAAUGAUGUCCUUGUCAUUAUCAUCGAUGACAUGGAUCAUUCGAAGUUCGCAUGGCCUCGCUUCGGCUUCAGGAAGCAAACCCAUGACCUGGACAAUCUGACGAGGCCUACGGUGACCUUCACAGGAGCAUUGGCCCACGGCUUCGGAACUUACCUGUACAUGGCUGGACCCCAGGUGGCGGGUGGCUCAGACUACUUUCUCGAGAUUUUGUGUCAGACGCUGGAGUUUGUAUUCUUGCAGACCAGAAGACCGACAGACCAAGAGGACGACGAGGAGGAGCCCAGCAAGCCCAGAAAGCAAUUGCCUUCGCAUUUGGUCGUUGUCGCAGAUAACACCGUCAAAUCUGCAAAGAAUCAGUUUGUCCUCAAAUUCCUCGCAUUGCUCGUGCAGCGACAGUUGUUCAAGAGUGCCACACUGUUUCAUUUAAUGGUUGGGCACACUCAUGAAGACAUCGACCAGCUGUUUGCCCUCAUCACAGCCCUCCUCCAGCGAAAACAGACGUGGGAGACACCUGAUGAAGUCUUGGAGCACUUGGCAAGCUGUCUCAAGGAGCGCGUGCAGAGCCGUGGGGAGGAGUUGCAGGCACAGCACGUCUCAGCUGUGCGCAAUUUCCAGGCCUGGAUGGAGCCAAUGGGUGCGAACCUGUCACAUGCCUUCAAACCGCGCACACGGACCGUCAGACCAACAGACCAGAACCCUGAAGAAGAACCAGACGAAGUGCCACACUGCUACAUCAUGGUGAAAGGACAUGGGUUGACCCAGAGGCAACAGGACAUGAUGAACGAGUCUGUGGACCCAGAAGGCGUGUACUGUCUCGUCAAAAUGUACGUCCGUGACCUGAACCUGAACCAGCCUCCAAUUUUGAUCACAGAUGCCCAACACUGCAGGCGUGUGGUAGGCAAAGUUCCGAAUGCUGUGCAUGCCAUGAACCCACUGAGUGUAAAGCAGAUCCAAAUGUAUACCAAACUGGUGGAAUUGUGCCAGUACAAAUUUGGGCUCCAGAGGGCUGCGUUGGCUUUUCAGAAACUUUUGCGUGACCGCACAUAUUCGGUAGUUUUGUUGUCUUGGCUGGAACAGCCUGAGAGACAGUUUCAUCAAGAUGAUGCGGAAGGGCAUGCGUACUUUCCACAGCUGCCCAAGAAAUGUUGGCAUCUUGUGGCAAAGCUCAAACGCUAG